CGAUUUUUAAAAAAAGAAUAUCUCAUUUUAUUAUCGAUAUUAAAGAAAGUAUUGUAUUUUACGACAACCAGAAUUAAGAGAAGUGCCAUUUCCGGUAGGUACACACAGAUGAAGAACGAAGUCGGAGAAUGGAUAAUUCUGUCUUGACUGAAGAAGAAAGAAAGAAAGUAAGUGCCUUUCAAGACAAAGUGAAUAAGCAGCGGAGAAAAGAUGGACAAGAUUCUCUGCCAUGGAAUAUGGCAGUCAAGUUUCUUAUGGCCCGCAAGUUUGACUGCCAGAGAGCCUUAGAGCUGUAUCUUAAUCAUGAGGAUUGUUCUGGACAGUCGCUGUUGACGGGUCUGGAUUUAUCAGGUCUUAGGGACGUCAUUGUGUGGUGUGUCAGCAUUGAACAACAAGAGGAGGAGACGAGGCACCGGGAAGAUUUGACUGUGAUCCAGGCCUCUGAUGAAUUACUAAAAAGGGAACUUUAUACAGAAAAGUUUACAAUCUUGAGUGGUAGAGAUAAGAACGGUGCCGCCAUUGCCUUGUUCACAGCUAGAAUACAUCAGCCCAGUCUGACAUCCCAUCAACUGGUACUAAAGGCCCUGGUGUAUCAGCUAGAUGCAGCAUUAGAGAGCACUGAAACUCAAAGAAAUGGCUUGGUAUUUAUAUACGACAUGACAGAGUCCAAAUAUUCCAAUUUUGACUAUGAACUGAGUAAAAAAAUCCUUAACAUGUUAAAGGGUGGCUACCCAGCUCGACUAAAGAAAGUCCUCAUAGUGACGGCUCCACUAUGGUUCAAAGCACCUUUUAAGAUUCUGCGCCUUUUUGUAAAAGAAAAACUUAGAGACAGGGUGUAUACAAUAAACUUGUCCCAGCUUACACAACAUAUACCUCAAGAUGCACUUCCAGAACAGUUAGGCGGCAAAUUCAUCACCAACCACAAGGCAUGGCUGCAGCUGUGUUCCCGUGUGGCCCUCAAAGAAGACCCCGAUAUGAACACUUACUUUGUGUCUUGUAAGCGGCCUAGCACAGGGGAUGAGCAGGGAUCCUCAUGUCGCAGCAUGUCAAGUGAUCUGUCGGAAAACAUGCUACAUAGUGACAUUGAUUCUGAGGAAUCCAAGGAAACGGUCAAUGAAAAGCAAAACAAUGAAGAUCUAGAAAAGGAGGACUCUAGUGAUGAAAAGGAGGUGAUUGUUGAAAAAGACGACUCCUUAAAUUUGGUUCCUUCAAAGCGAAGAAUAGAUUCUGUGGGUAAUAAAGACUCUGUAAAAAGAGCGGCACAGGAGACAAACAGUGAGAACAAUAUUGAUGUAGACUCAGUCGACGCCCCUCGAAAAAAGCGACCCACCUCCUCCACCUCCUCGAUGUCAAAUAAUGCGGUAGAGGACAGUUUACACAUGCCAGAGGAGGAUGGCAUGGACCUAGACCAGCUGGUAGAAUACACACGCAGCAUGAGGAGGCGCGGCCUCAUGGAGGAAUACGCUAGUAUUAAGAUGGAACCCCCUGCUGGAACUUUCACUGUAUCUAAGGCAAAGCACAAUCUUCCCAAAAACCGCUACUCUGAUGUUUUGUGUUUAGACCACUCUAGAGUCAAACUAAGUACACAGAGUAACGACCUCAGUUCAGAUUACAUCAAUGCUAACUACGUGGAUGGCUACAUGCAAAAAAAUGCAUACAUAUCAACGCAAGGCCCAUUACCAAGGACAUUUGGAGAUUUCUGGAGAAUGGUUUGGGAGGAACAAGUUAUGGUCAUUGUUAUGACCACAAAGGCAGUGGAGAGGGGUCGUGCUAAGUGUGGUCAGUACUGGCCUCCAGAGGAGGAUGGGGAAGAACAGCAUGAAAACUUCCUGGUCAUCAACACACGUAUGGAGGUGUACCAGGACUACAGCAUUACCUGGCUGUUCCUACUGAAUACCAAGAGCAAUGAGUCUCGACAGAUUUACCACCUACAGUUUACUUCCUGGCCAGAUUAUGGGACGCCCAGUUCUGCCGCAGCGUUUCUAGAAUUCUUGUUCAAAGUCCGAGCUUGCCAGGAAGAGGCUGUCAGUUCCCUGGGGUCAGAGUGGCAAGGCCACGCCCUGGGUCCCCCCAUAGUUGUGCACUGCAGCGCUGGAAUUGGGAGGACAGGGACAUUUAUAACUACUGACAUCAGUCUUCGAAGAUUGGAACACAUACAGACUGUUAACAUUAGAGAAACAGUGCGUCGCAUCCGAUCACAACGAGCCUUUAGUAUACAAAUGCCCGAUCAGUAUGUGUUCUGUCACUUUGCCAUCAUUGAGCACGGCAUGCAGGAAGGGGUGGUUGGCGAUGUGGACUGGACUGGGUUUGAUGACAGUGAUAGUGAUAUGAGUGAUUGAGGGCAUUUGCACUUUACGCAUCAUGGUACACAAUGAGAUAAAGUAUGCCAUGUAGUUCAAUGUUUUGAUGUUUGCCAUCUAAAAAAGGGAUCUCAUGUGAUCAUGCCACAUGAUGGAAUUUGUUUUUGUUAUGACUUGAUAAGUGUUAUUGAUAUAUUAUUUGUAUUGUUUAUAUUUUUUUUGUACAAGUUUAUUUGGUAUUUUUGUAGUCGAUUUGUUAUAGGUUUCUUUAGAAUUUUUCUUUUGUAUAGCUCUGGAACAAUGUGUAGAUUAUAUUUUUUCUAUUACCCUUUUGGGUAAACCACCAUUGUACAAAAUGAAUCAUUUGCUAGUCCUUCACUAAAAAAACAACCUUCAUUGUACAUUUUUUAUGUUUUGUUAAUUUAUUUCAUUUGAUUGAUUUAAUUUAUGCAUUGUCAUGGGUUUUUUUAACAUUUAAACGGUGCCAAUUUUUAGACAAUUUAAAACAAUGUUUGUCAACAAAGUUGACAUUAAAUGAUUAGAUCUGAUUCAUGUUUCUGAUUUGAGAAAAUGAGAGAAGCAUUUGUCCUAUUUUGCCUGUCAUAGUUAGAACCUCUUUCAUUCACUGAUUUAUUUCUUAAAAGAUUUGACUUUGAUUUAAAAUAAUGGACAUUGUACUCUUGUAUAGUUUAUUAGACCUCAGAGAAGUUUGAAGAUGAAGGCUUAGUACGUCAUUUAAAUGUUGGACACAUGCCGUCAUUGGGUAAUAUUAGCUUGUCAAGUCUGGAAAAUCAAUUCUAAUAUUUAGCAGGGUUUUUUUAAGGAUGUUAAAAACUUUCUAAAGCAAGGGGUAAAUAUAGAGCCGUUUAAAUUUAUGCAAGUCAUUUUUUUGGAUUCAAAAAGUUUCGACUAGCAGAUAAUACCAGACAGAAUUUCUGAAUUUUGAAGUGAAAUUUAAAUAAUUGUGAAAAUAAACGGAUAAUUGAUAUUUUAUAGGCAGGCAAAUAUUUAAUUUUCCCAAUAUUAUUUUACUGUGUAUCUCUGUGUACAUCUUGAUAAAGAAUUUUUAUAACAAAAUAGAAAAGUUAUUAAAGCUUUAAGAUUUGAAGCAGGAACGCUACUGUUCCCCUAAAGAAUCAAGUUGUUUCGUGAUCUUGAUCCAUUAAUAUUUUAUUUUACUAAUUUUAGUGAUACAAUUGUGUAUUAAAUAUUAAGAGAAAGCUUAUUGCCUCACUAAAAUCAUAAUUUUACUAAUACAUAUAUAUAAAAGCAUAUAAAUAUUUGAAUUUUUUACACAGUCAUACACAUGAAUAUUUAUAAAUGAUGUCUAUUUGUACAUUUUGUAUCACAGAAGAUGUAACUUAUUUGAAAUCCAGAAAUAUACUUUCUCAGAUUUUUUUUUUUUCAAUUUGAAAAUGUAGCGAAGUCUUUACUUUUGUAAAUGUGGAGAGAUAUUUAAAGAAUUUAUUUAUAUCAUUUAUCAAAAGAUAAAACUGCAGACAAAAUCCAGGGGUAGACAAUCAACUUCUUACGUGUCUAGUUUGUAGGGAAGUAACUUAUAACUUUGAUUUGCCCCAUUUUAGAAGUUCUUCAAUUUGUUAUAAUAGCUUGUAUACUCAAUUUAAAGCAUUAUUUUUUGAGAAAUUAAUUUUUUUUAGUAGGCAAAAUGAAUAGUUCUCUUUUUGUAAUACAUGCACUACUUUUACUAAGUAGCUAUUUGUUAUUUGCAUUGGGACUACUUUUAUUGAUUAAUCUGUGUGUUGUAACUGUUUGUCUUUAAUUUACUUGAAAAUUUAGUCAGGUAAAGUGCAUUAGGAAUUGGAUCUGUUCUAUGGUAUAGUUAUCUAUGACAUCCAAAUGGAUAUUAGAUUUGUGUCUACAUUAAAUUCGCUGGAGAAUGAAAAAGUAUGGAAAUAAUAACUUUUAAAUAAAUAAAUUUAGAUAUUGAGAAUUUAUACCUACAUUAGAAUUUAAUUUCUCUCUAAAUAAUACUAUAAUUGCCUUUUUUAUAUUGCUUAUUUGUGCAGUCUAUUAAACUAUAAUGUUUUAUAAGAACUACUAAAUGCCACUUAGUCAACAAAUUCAACAUUAGAAUCAUCAAAUUUGGACAAAAUGUUUUAAAAAGGUGUUGUAUAAUGAUUCUUGAUAUCAGUUGCUAAUUAAGCUUCAGAAGGCAAGCACUUGAUGUUAGUUCAAAAUUACAUUCCAUCUCUUUACUUCAUAAUCGAAUAACAAGGCGGGAAAAUAAAGUAUUAUUGGGUAGGAAUUACUCAGAUAUCACACUGAUAUGUGUGAUAAUUGGCCUUAAAUAUACGUUAUGAAACGCGAAGUCGACAUCAAGUACUCUGUCUCACCAGAGUUAUCGUUCCUGCUGUGCUGCAGCGUCUUUUGAUGUGUUGAGUGCAGGGUUCCGCGCUUAAUCAGUGAAUCUCCUUUUUCUAGUUAACUAUAGUAAAACAAACAAUUUCUUAUGAUUAUAGGUGUAAACAAAUGCCAGUCUCUUGUUCAUCUUCCGACAAACAACUGAAAAAACAUGUUAAGUAAAAAUUAAUGUAGAAAAUCUGUUAUAGCAGAGAUGCAGGACAUAUGGGGAAAAACAGUAAUUCUGGAAUUUACUUUAUUGCGAAUUUAGUUUUACUAUGUGUCACCUCCAUUUUGGCAUUUGACAGUAUGUUUAUACGGGCCAGUAUGUAGUGUUGUCAGAUAGCGAUGUUGUACUGUGUAUACAUGUAGUCGGUGUCCUUUUGUUAAACAAAAUCAUUUGUAUGUUAUUAUAUGUAAUACAUCGUUUAUCAUGUCCGUAAUUAUUGUCACUCCUUGAUAUAUUAAUAAAGUAAAAAAAAAACC